CUGGUGGGGGUGGCUGGGAGGAGCGCCCCCCCCCUGCUGAGAAGCGACUCCGUGGCAUCCUGUAGAUAAAGCACCAAGGACUCCAGAAAAAUAAUGGCAUUUGCACCUCCCAAAAUCCUGGAGGGCCCCAAGAUGCAAACCAAGAUGAGUGCAUGGACCCCCCUGAAUCAUCAGCUUAUGAAUGAUAAGGUAUUUGAAGAAAGAAGAACCCUGAUGGGGAAAUGGUUUGAUAAAUGGACAGACAUUCAGAGGCGAAAAGUCUUGAUGGAUCUGUUAGAGCGCUGCUCUCUGUCACAACUGAAGUUCUGUGUCAAGCAGCUGCAUAAUCGUGUCCCAGUUGAAGCGCUGGAUUUCACCACAAAGAUCCCCAGAGCAUUGUCCCUGUACAUCUUUUCUUUCCUGGACCCUCGGAGCCUGUGUCGAUGCGCCCAGGUGAGCUGGCACUGGAAAUACUUGACAGAGUUGGAUCAACUUUGGAUGCUAAAAUGUCUGCGUUUUGGGUGGUACAUCAACUUCUCUCCAACCCCAUUUGAGCAGGGAAUCUGGAAGAGACAUUACAUUGAGAUGGUGAAAGAGUUCCUCGUUACCAGGCCUACGACACUCCCAAAAAAUGACUUUGUGGUGGUUGAUGUUCAGCCAGUAGCUAAAGAGGCCCCAGAGGUAAAACAGUCGGUGUCCUCAGUCCUACAAUUAGGAAAGAAGAUGGACAAGGAGAAAAGGGGGCUCCCCCCAUGGCGUUCUUCAGAUAAGCAUCCAAUGGACACCAUCAGAUUCAAUUACUUGGACAACUAUGAUCCUAUUGAGCAAGCGAGACAGGCUAGAAAAAACGGGGGAGGGCUAACCCCAGACCUCAGCAAGCAAGCUUUUCCGAAAAAAAGGAGACCAAGCAGUGGAACAUACAAACUCCGGAAAGCAAAGUCAUUGAUGUCCCUCUCAGCAAAUCUUGACUCACAUCCAAAAGUUCCAGUUCGUCCAUCAUGGGCUACCCACCAGUCAAUGGGCUAUCCUGUUACCAAAACAACGGCUAAGCUCCUUGCCCAGAGUGCCCAGUGGAAUGCUGGGAUACGACCAGCACCAGUUCGGGGUCCAGUCCCAAAGCUGAGCAAGAAGGGGAAGAAGGCUUUUACAAGAACAACCAGAAGCUCACCAACAUCACCGCUCUUUGAAAGCCAACCUUGGGAAGUUCCACCAUCCAGCCGUGUUUCUGAUUCCGAGUAGGAAGAUGCAGAAAGGGACAAUCAACAUAGCUGAAUUAGUCUCCAAAGAGGAAAUGCUGCAUUUGCUCUGCAUCCAAGAACCACAAGCCAGACUUGCUGGAAUAACAUUAAGUGCCCAGUGGAUAGUCCAUGGAUGUAUUUCAGUUGUGGACCGAUUGACAAGAGCACGGGGCCUGCACCUGUUGAACUUGGGUUCAGACAUCUGCUCAGCCACGACCUUGCCACAUGGCCUUGGACAAGUCACAAGCUCUUAAGCCUCAGUUUCUAAUGUAAAGUUGGUACGGGGUGAUGUUCUACCCCGCAAGGUUAUUGUAAAAGGUUAAGGCUAUAAGGAUUCUAAUAGUGCAUUCCUAAGAUCACUUUCCUGGGAGUAAGCUCCACUGAAUAGACCUGAGUAGGAUUCUAAGUAGACUCGCUUAGGUUUGUCCUCUGAAGAACUUUUUUGUAAUUAUGAUUGAACUUCUUUUGAGCGCAGAAUUAUGUAAACAACAAAUACAGGCAAGGGGAAAGUAGAGUAUUUGAUAUCUACCACCUGGCUGAAAUAUAAAUGAUGACGACUAAUAAGCUAA